AGUGUGUCUCCUCCACACGACAUCAGCAGCAGUACUUCAGUUUGUCAUCCGCUGUAUCAUCUAGAUCAGAGUACUUUCAGCUCGUUACUAUGGCUAACUACGGCGUCAUGCUACUGUUGGCGGUUGCAUCAAUGAUGGCUGGAUCGACCAAGGGAGGAUCUGUUGGCCCGUCUCCUGUUUACGCCCCCGAGAAGGUAGAGUACGCCACCGAGGCUCCAAAGUACUACACCACCAAGGCUCCAGAAUACUACACCACUGCCUCCUACUACACAACAAAAGCUGCUGAGUACUACACAACUGCCUUCUACUACACCACCAAGGCUGCAGAGUAUUACACUGACUCCCCGAAAUAUUACACGGCUCCAAGCUACACCACUGAAGCUUUCAAGUAUCAUGUUACGCCAACCUACUACACCACAGCUGCCCGAACUUACUACGCAGAGCUGACUUACUACACCGAGGCACCUCAAUACUAUUCAGCCCUGAGCCACUACGAGACCGCCGUUCCAGAUCACUACACCUAUACUGAGGCAGUUUACUACACAGAAGCGCCAGAGUACUACACCACGACAUACACCGCUCCGAGCUACUACCCUAAGGUCCCCAAGUACUACUCUGCCCCGAGUUACACCACCACAGCGGCUCCUUACUACACCACUGAAGAGCCUAAAUAUUACGUUGCCCCAACUUACUACACCACCUCUGCUCCGUCUUAUUACGUCGAUCCGACCUCUGAAACUCCGAUUCACUACGAAUUAUUCUCAGAGUGAUGAAAAGAAUGGAGAAGAGAAGAGAAACACAUUUUUCGUCAUUUUAUUAUUCAUAUCCGGAAUUUGUUUGUGUCUAUUUGUGUCUAGCUGGCCCAGGAGCAGAUUCUAAAGACAAAUAAGGGCGUGGAAUCAAGUAAACUAAAAACCAUA